UACAUGCUGCCAAACUCCAGCCAAGAUGGGUACAGGCCAGGGGGCAUGGAUACCACUAUGGAUACCAAUGCUAGUGGUCAUCCUAAUACACCACCAAGUCCAUGCCCAGCAGUCCCAGUAUGAAGAUCAACAGUACCAGGACUAUGAUCAGCAGUAUGAUCAACACCAAUCAAAUUACAAUGACUAUCAUCAUGUCCAGCAGGGUCAUGACAUUUUGACCACACCAGAGCCCAACAUCCCAGAUGUGUCUAUCAUCCCACCAUUGAGGACAACUCUAGCUGUCAAGGCUGGAAACCCUGCUCACAAUGGGCGAGUGUGUAGCACUUGGGGCAACUUUCACUUCAAGACCUUUGAUGGGGACAUCUACCAGUUCCCUGGAGUUUGCAACUACGUCUUCGCCUCCCACUGCAAAUCUGCCUAUGAAGACUUCAACAUCCAAAUAAGGCGCACCGUGACUCAGAACGCCACCAUCAUUAGUCGUGUUGCCAUAAAGGUUGAAGGCGUAGUCAUUGAACUGACACCGGACUCCAUUCUUGUCAACGGAAAACAAGUUCAGCUGCCUUACAGCUACUCCGGAAUCCUGAUUGAAAGAAGCUCUAGUUAUCUGAAAAUCACUGCCAAGAUAGGCCUGCAGUUAUUUUGGAACCAAGAGGAUAACCUUCUGGUGGAACUCAAUGAGAAAUAUGCUAAUCAGACCUGUGGCCUUUGUGGAGACUUCAAUGGUAUCCCAAUAUACAGUGAAUUCAUCACAAACAGCAUCAAGCUGAAUCCUGUGCAGUUUGGAAACUUGCAAAAGAUGGAUGGACCUACAGAACAAUGCCAAGAUCCCGUCCCUUCAGCCAAACGCAAUUGCACUCACGAGUUUAGUACUAUCUGCCAGACUGUAUUGACUGGUGAAGCCUUCACGGGCUGCAAUCCACUGGUUGAGGUGCAGAGUUAUAUUGAUGCUUGUGUGCAAGAUCUGUGCAGCUGCGACUCACCUAUGACUGACUUCUGUGUUUGUAACAACUUUGCUGAAUAUUCCCGGCAAUGUGCCCAUUCUGGCGGGCAGCCCCUCGAAUGGAGAACUCAAGAUCUGUGUGCCAAGCCAUGUCCUUUCAACAUGCAACACCGGGAAUGUGGAUCACCUUGCUCUGAUACUUGUACCAAUCCAGAAAGGUCCCAGCUCUGUGAAGAACACUGUACAGAUGGCUGCUUCUGUCCCCCAGGCACUGUAUAUGAUGACAUUAACAACUCUGGCUGCGUCGCUGUUAAGGACUGUCACUGCACUUACAACGGGGCUGCUUAUGCUCCUGGGGCUUCUUUUGCAUCCCAGUGUACUUCAUGCACAUGUACUGGAGGCCAGUGGGCCUGUGUCAGCCUUUCAUGCCCUGGAAUUUGCUCUAUUCAAGGAGGGUCCCACAUUUCAACAUUUGAUGAGAAACAAUAUUCCUUCUUUGGCGACUGUAGCUAUGUCAUUACUAAGCUGUGUGAGAGCAAUGCCUUCACUGUCCUGGGAGAAAUCCGAAAAUGUGGCCUCACAGACACGGAGACAUGCUUGAAAGGUGUAGCCAUCAGCAUAGAUGGAGGGCAGACAGUAAUUGUGAUCAAACCUUCUGGGGUUGUGUAUGUGAAUAUGAUCCUCACCCAGCUGCCUGUCUCAGUGUCCAAUGUCACCAUGUUCAGGCCAACAUCAUUCUUCAUCAUGGUGGACACAAAGAUAGGCAUCCGGUUAGAGAUCCAGCUUGUUCCUCUCAUGCAAAUCUUUGUACAAUUAGACCCAACUCACAAAGGAAAGACAUGUGGUCUUUGUGGAAACUUCAACAGUAUCCAGACUGAUGACUUCAAAACCAUCAGUGGGGUGGUAGAAGGAACUUCUGCAGCUUUUGCCAAUACCUGGAAAACACAGGCUGAUUGCCCUAAUGUCAAAAACAUAUUUGAGAACCCAUGUACCCUCAGCAUAGAAAACGAGAAAUAUGCUCAGCACUGGUGUGGACUGCUGACCGACAGCAAUGGACCUUUUCAGAAGUGCCACGCCAUUGUGAAUCCAGCUCUUUACCACACGAACUGCAUGUUUGACACCUGCAACUGUGAGAGAAGCGAGGACUGCAUGUGUGCUGCCCUCUCCUCCUAUGUCAGAGCCUGCGCUGCCAAAGGAGUCCUUCUGAAUGGAUGGAGGACCAAUGUCUGCACCAAAUACCAAGUAUGUCCCAAAACCCUGGUUUACCGCUACAACAUUGAUUCAUGUCAACCCACCUGCCGAUCUCUGAGUGAGCCUGAUGUCACCUGCAAUAUUAAGUUUACCUCAGUGGAUGGUUGCACCUGUGAAGAAGGGACAUACAUGGAUGAAAGCGGCAAAUGUAUACCUGCUACUAGCUGCCCUUGUUACUACAAAGGGUCUCCCCUACCAUCUGGAGAUGUGAUUCAUGAAAACGGAGUCAUUUGCACUUGCACGCAAGGAAAACUUCAGUGCAUUGGAGAUGUGAAGCCACAACCAGUGUGUGAUGCUCCCAUGAUUUAUUUCGACUGCGGCAACGUCACAGCAGGCGCCACUGGAGCUGAGUGUCAAAAGAGCUGUCAGACACUUGACAUGGGAUGCUAUAGCACACAAUGCAUUUCUGGCUGCAUGUGCCCCAAUGAACUGGUCUCCGAUGGCAAAGGUGGAUGUGUAGCUGCUGAAGAGUGUCCUUGCGUUCACAAUGAAGCCAUGUACAAACCAGGGGAUAGUAUCAAGGUGAAAUGUAACACUUGUACGUGUAAGAACAGAAUGUGGGAAUGCACCAAUGAACCCUGCCUGGCAACGUGCUCGGUUUACGGAGAUGGCCACUACAUCUCCUUUGAUGGCAGAAGCUACAGCUUCAGUGGAGAUUGCGAAUACACUUUGGUCCAGGAUCACUGUGGUAAAAACAGCACAAAGGCAGGAACUUUCAGAGUCAUCACUGAGAACAUCCCCUGUGGGACUACUGGGACUACCUGCUCAAAAGCCAUUAAAGUGUUUUUGGGAAAUUAUGAGCUGAUACUCACAAGUGGCAAAUUUGAAGUGAUCCAGAGAGUCCCAGGUGGAGAGGUGCCAUACACAGUCCGAUACAUGGGCAUUUACAUGGUGGUUGACACGACAGCUGGAUUGGUCCUGAUGUGGGACAAAAAAACCAGCAUCUUCAUCAAGCUUAGUCCAGACUUUAAGGGUCAAGUAUGUGGGCUUUGUGGAAACUAUGACGGAAAUGACAUAAAUGAUUUCACCACCAGAAGCCAAUCGGUUGUAGGAGAUGUGCUUGAGUUUGGUAACAGCUGGAAAGCCUCUCCCACUUGCCCAGAUGCCAAAAAGAUCAGGGAUCCUUGUACAGCAAACCCGUACAGGAAUUCUUGGGCCCAGAAACAAUGCAGCAUCAUUACCAGCCAAAUCUUUGCUUCCUGCCACUCUCAGGUUGAACCAACAAAAUACUAUGACGCAUGUGUGUCUGAUGCCUGUGCUUGUGACACCGGGGGAGAUUGUGAAUGUUUCUGUACAGCUGUAGCCUCCUAUGCUCAGGCAUGCAAUGAGGCUGGUGUUUGCGUUGCUUGGAGAACACCAUCCAUAUGCCCUCUGUUCUGUGAUUACUACAAUCCACAAGGGGAGUGUGAGUGGCACUACAAACCUUGCGGCUCUCCUUGCAUGAAGACCUGCCGAAAUCCAAGUGGGAAAUGCCUACACGAGUUACAGGGCUUAGAAGGUUGCUACCCACAGUGUCCAAGCAACAAGCCUUAUUUUGAUGAAGAUGACAUGGAGUGUGUCGUGGGUUGUGGCUGUUUUGAUGGCAGAGGAAAAUAUUAUAAGCCAGGAGCAAAAAUACCUUCAGAACAGAACUGUCAAUCAUGUGAAUGCACAUUGGACGGUCAACUAAAGUGUGUCUACAGUGAAGAAGAAUGCCACUGCAUCUAUGAAGGGCAGAUAAGCAAGCCCGGGGAGAUCAUCUACAAUACGACAGAUGGCAUCGGAGGGUGCAUCACGGCAACCUGCAGUCGCAAUGGCACAAUAGAGAGGAAAAUCUACCCAUGCCCAACUUCCACAACGCCUUCCACUACAUUUGUAUUUAGUACCACUUCACCAGCAACUACUACCCCAGUGCCUACAACUACUUCUGUCUGUGUUCAGGAAAUAUGUCAUUGGUCCCAAUGGUAUGAUGUGACUAACCCAGAAUCUGGAAGUGGCGAUGGAGAUUUUGACACUUUUGAUAAUUUAAGAGCAGAAGGUUAUAAAGUCUGCAAAGCUCCAAAGGCCGUCCAGUGCAGAGCAGAGAAAUUCCCCAAUACUCCAUUAAGUGAACUCGGCCAAAAAGUAGAAUGCAGUAAUACAGUGGGUCUAAUCUGUUACAAUACAGACCAGCAUACAAUGAGCUGCAACAAUUAUCAAAUCAAAAUCCUUUGUUGUACUUUUGUACCAUGUGGUUACACUACUGCGUCGACACCUGAAACUACUACAAGCAGCAUCGCCCCUACAACAAUUAAAUCAACUACCACGUUAUCUACUACACUUAUUUCCACAACUACAGUUCCGGAAACAACUAGCAUCUUGAUUACGACACCAGAAACUACUUCCGCAUCCACUGGGACCACUAUUAGAUCUUCCACAGAAAUUGUAUCUCCUACAACAGAAGUCACAACUCAAACUACUUGUAAACCCGUAUGCAGAUGGACGGAGUGGUUUGAUAUACAUUUUCCCAGUUUGGAAAAUAAAGGGGAUUUUGAAACGUAUGACAUCAUUAGAGCUGCAGGGAAAGAUAUCUGUAGAAAACCCGAACGCAUAACAUGCAGAGCAGAGAAAUACCCCGAGAAAUCAAUCAAUGAAAUUGGUCAAAUUGUCCAGUGCAAUGUAUCACUUGGAUUGGUUUGCAGAAAUGGAGACCAGUUGGGAGAGUUGAAAGUAUGUUUGAACUAUCAAAUAAAGGUCUAUUGCUGCGAAAAUGAGUGUGUGACCACUACACCGGGAACGACUGCAGGCACAACAACGGCUUCAGCAGCUACCACACUCACUACGCCAACUCCAGCUAGUACACUCACUACUCCAACUCCAGAAACAACAUCAACAUCAACAGUUUCUCAGACUACAACACAUGCAUCAACAAGAGUGACAACUAUUCCUGCAACAACAACUAUAGAAACUACAAGUCUUUUAACAACAGUUCCUUCAACAACUGAACACUGUAGUGAGGAAGUCUGUGAAUGGUCCCAAUGGUAUGAUAUCAGUUAUCCAGGAUCUGCACCUAAUGAUGGAGAUUUUGAUACGUUUAAAAAUAUAAGAGCCAAAGGAUAUAAAGUCUGUAAGGCACCAAAGGCUGUUGAAUGCAGAGCAGAAAGAUAUCCUAACACACCUUUAAAUGAAUUAGAGCAAAAAGUUAUAUGCAGUAAAACAGAAGGACUCAUAUGUCGUAACAAGGAUCAGUUCCCAGCGCCAAUUUGCUACAAUUAUGAGAUAAGAAUUGAAUGUUGCAAAAAAGUUAUUGUACCAUGUCCGACAACCACACAACUUACAACUACAAUACCUGUGACCACACCUGCCACAACAACAACAACAAAUGCUACAACAGUUACAAUCACAACACCAACUACUACAGUUACAACAACAGUUCCAGAAACCACAACACCCAGUACUACUGUUCCAGAAACUACCACAACAGCUCCAACGACUGUUCCAGAAACCACCACAACAGUCACAACCACAACAACAUCCACUACUACUGUUCCAGAAACUACCACAACAGCUCCAACGACUGUUUCAGAAACCACCACAACAGUCACAACCACAACAACACCGACUACUACUGUUCCAGAAACCACCACAACACUCACUACUACUGUUCCAGAAACUACCACAACAGCUCCAACAACCACUGUUCCAGAAACCACAACAGUUACAACCACAACAACACCCACUACUACUGUUCCAGAAACUACCACAACAGCUCCAACCACUACUGUUCCAGAAACCACCACAACAGUUACAACCACAACAGCUCCAACCACUACUGUUCCAGAAACCACCACAACACUCACUACUACUGUUCCAGAAACUACCACAACAGCUCCAACAACCACUGUUCCAGAAACCACAACAACAGUUACAACCACGACAACACCCACUACUACUGUUCCAGAAACUACCACAGUUCCAACCACUACUGUUCCAGAAACCACCACAACAGUUACAACCACCACAACACCCACUACUACUGUUCCAGAAACUACCACGACAGCUCCAACAACCACUGUUCCAGAAACCACCACAACAGUCACAACCACAACAGCACCCACUACUACUGUUCCAGAAACUACUACAACAAUUACUACCACAACACCUACAACUACAGUUCCAGAAACUACCACAACAACCCCAACAACUACUGUUCCAGAAACCACCACAACAGUCACAACCACAACCACACCAACAACUACUGUUCCAGAAACCACCACAACAGCUCCAACAACUACAGUUCCAGAAACCACCACAACAGUUACAACCACAAAACUUCCAGUAACAACCACUACAAAAAAAACUAUUAUUACAGAAAUUGUAACAACUACAUCCACUCAAAAACCAUCUACACGGCCACAAGUACAACCCACAACAACAGAGCUAACAACUAUGUCUCUUGGAACAACUUGUGGACCUGCAGUAUGCACAUGGUCCAAAUGGUUUGAUGUUGGCUCCCCCACCUCUGGCCCUAAGGGGGGAGACAUAGAAACAUAUAACAAAAUCCGGGCCGCAGGAGGCAAGAUCUGUGCAAACCCAGAAAAUAUUCAAUGUAGAGCUGAAGAUCACCCUGACUUAAGCAUUGACCAGGUCGGUCAGAAUGUAGUUUGUGAUGUCCACCAAGGCCUGUUGUGCGAGAAUGACAAACAAGUGGGGAAAGUCAAGCAGUGUUUGAAUUAUCAGCUACGGGUACUGUGCUGUGAGGAAAAUGUUAACUGCAGAACUACAACCAUUCCAGCCACCACCACUACUGAACCAACUACCACAGUUACUGAACCAACUACCACAGUCACCACGACGACCACAACUACCACCGUACCAGUAACAACUACCACUGUACCGGAAACAACAACUACCGUACCCCAAACUACUACAACAGAGACUACCACAACUACCACUAGUGCCACAACCACAGAAACCACACCGGUCACAACCACCAAAGUUGCUCCGACCACAGUUCCCAGAGAAGUCACCACUACUUCACCCACUACUACCCCUUUGCCAUCAACAACAACCACGACACAGCUAACAACUACGUCUCCUGGAACAACUUGUGGACCGGCUGUAUGCACGUGGACCAGAUGGUUUGAUGUUGACUCCCCCACUCCUGGCCCUAAGGGAGGAGACAUAGAAACAUAUAAUAAUAUCCAGGCCGCAGGAGGCAAGAUCUGUGCAAAGCCAGCAAAUAUCCAGUGUAGAGCUGAAAAUCACCCCGAUUUAAGCAUUGACCAGGUUGGUCAGAAUGUAGUUUGCGAUGUCCACCAAGGCCUGUUGUGCAAGAAUGACAAACAAGUGGGGAAAGUCAAACAGUGUUUGAAUUAUCAGCUACGGGUACUAUGCUGUGAGGAAAAUAUUAAUUGCAGAACUACAACCAUCCCAGCCACCACCACUAUUGAACCAACUACCACAGUUACUGAACCAACUACCACAGUCACCACCACCACCACGACUACCACCUUACCAGUAACAACUACCACUGUACCGGAAACAACAACUACCGUACCCCAAACUACUACAACAGAGACUACCACAACUACCACUAGUGCCACAACCACAGAAACCACACCGGUCACAACCACCAAAGUUGCUCCGACCACAGUUCCCAGAGAAGUCACCACUACUUCACCCACCACUACUCCUUUGCCAUCAACAACCAUCACAACACAGCUAACAACUACGGCUCCUGGAACAACUUGUGGACCGGCUGUAUGCACGUGGACCAGAUGGUUUGAUGUUGACUCCCCCACUCCUGGCCCUAAGGGGGGAGACAUAGAAACAUAUAAUAAUAUCCAGGCCGCAGGAGGCAAGAUCUGUGCAAAGCCAGCAAAUAUCCAGUGUAGAGCUGAAAAUCACCCCGAUUUAAGCAUUGACCAGGUCGGUCAGAAUGUAGUUUGUGAUGUCCACCAAGGCCUGUUGUGCAAGAAUGACAAACAAGUGGGGAAAGUGAAGCAGUGUUUGAAUUAUCAGCUACGGGUACUGUGCUGUGAGGAAAAUAUUAACUGCAGAACUACAACCGUUCCAGCCACCACCACUACUGAACCAACUACCACAGUUACUGAACCAACUACCACAGUCACCACCACGACCACGACUACCACCGUACCAGUAACAACUACCACUGUACCGGAAACGACAACUACCGUACCCCAAACUACUACAACAGAGACUACCACAACUACCACUAGUGCCACAACCACAGAAACCACACCGGUCACAACCACCAAAGUUGCUCCGACCACAGUUCCCAGAGAAGUCACCACUACUUCACCCACUACUACUCCUUUGCCAUCAACAACCACCACAACACAGCUAACAACUACGGCUCCUGGAACAACUUGUGGACCGGCUGUAUGCACGUGGACCAGAUGGUUUGAUGUUGACUCCCCCACUCCUGGCCCUAAGGGAGGUGACAUAGAAACAUAUAAUAAUAUCCGGGCCGCAGGAGGCAAGAUCUGUGCAAAGCCAGCAAAUAUCCAGUGUAGAGCUGAAAAUCACCCUGACUUAAGCAUUGACCAGGUUGGUCAGAAUGUAGUUUGUGAUGUCCACCAAGGCCUGUUGUGCAAGAACGACAAACAAGUGGGGAAAGUGAAGCAGUGUUUGAAUUAUCAGCUACGGGUACUAUGCUGUGAGGAAAAUAUUAACUGCAGAACUACAACUGUUCCAGCCACCACCACAACUGAACCAACUACCUCAGUUACUGAACCAACCACCACCGCCACUGAACCAACUACCACGGUUACUGAACCCACCACAGAAAUUAGUACGUCUUUACCUACAACAACCAAAGUGAUCCCAUGUUUCUGCAAAAUUGGAGAGAGUGUUUAUCCACCUGGUCAAAUGAUUUAUAAUAAAACAGACCAUGAUGGUUGCCUUUUCUACGCCAUGUGUAGUAAAAUGUGUUCCGUCGAAAGAUUCAAAGGGCCAUGCAGAUCAACAACACCAAAACCAACCACAAAAGUUGAAACCACACCUGCAACCACCACCACAGCAGCUACCACCACCAGCACAGCACCUACCACCACUCGUAUACCCGGUUGUCCUGAUGCUACACCACCAAGGAAGGAGGGUGAGACAUGGAUAUCAAACUGCACCAAGUCGACUUGUGAAGGAAAUAACAAAAUUGUCAUAAAUCAAGUGAAGUGUCCCCCGGUGCAGAAAAUUGUCUGUGAAAAUGGGUACCCACCAGUGAAAGUCUUCAGCGACGAUGGCUGCUGCUACCACUAUGAAUGUGAAUGUGUUUGCAGCGGCUGGGGCGACCCUCACUAUGUCACAUUUGACGGAACGUAUUACACCUUCUUGGACAACUGCACUUAUGUGCUGGUACAGCAGAUUACACCGAAAUAUGACAAUUUCAGGAUUCUCAUUGAUAAUUACUACUGUGAUUCCGAAGAUGGACUUUCCUGCCCUCACUCUAUUAUUAUUUACUACAAGACUUCAAAAAUAGUGCUAACCCGUGAACUCUUUAAUGGAGUAGAGGCCAACAAGAUCUUCUUCGACAACCAGAUUGUGAAUCCAGGUUUCCAGAAAGAUGGCAUUUUUGUCUCCAUGCUGGGUAUCAAUAUGAUGGUUGAGAUCCCAGAGAUUGAGGCUCAAGUCACCUUCAGUGGUUUAAUCUUCUCAAUAAAACUUCCACAUAGCAAAUUCGGCAACAAUACUGAAGGACAGUGUGGUACAUGCACAAAUGACAGAAAAGAUGAAUGUCGCUUACCUAGUGGUGAGAUUACUGAUUGUCCCCACAUGGCCCCUGCUUGGAAAGUUCCUGAUGACAAGAAACAGUACUGCUCGGGACCACCAUCACCCUAUUCAACCACACCCCCUCCAUUGCCAACCUGUAAACCUAGCCUUCUUUGCCAGAUGAUUUUGAGCGAUGUCUUCUCUAAGUGCCAUGAUGUGAUACCUCCAAACCCCUUCUACCAAGGCUGUAACUUUGAUGCUUGCUAUAUCAGCAAUACCACUAUGCAGUGUUCUGGGCUGGAGAUAUAUGCUUCUCUUUGUGCCUCUAAGGGGAUCUGUAUUGACUGGAGAGCAAAGACCAAUGGUGCCUGCCCAUACGUCUGUCCUCAAGGCAAACAAUAUGACCCAUGCGGCCCUCUCAACCCUCCAACGUGUGACACAAAUGCUAUUCAGCAUAGCGGCCCAGGUAUAACUGAAGGUUGCUACUGCCCUACAGGAACCAAGCUCUUUAACACCUACAGCAAUGUCUGCGUCCAUGAAUGCUCUUGUGUGGGACCAGAUGGGAUGCCCAAAGCACCAGGAUCAACUUGGAGCAGCAACUGCCAGGAGUGCACUUGUGAGAAAUAUUCUGUUACAGUACAGUGCAAACCAAAGACAUGUGUAACGCCUGCCCCAGUGCCCUGUGUUGAUGAAGGAUACAUCCCUGUCGCAGUAACAACACUUGAAGAUCCAUGCUGCCCUCAUGAGAAAUGCAUAUGCAACACUACUUACUGCCCCAAAUCCAUCGAGAGAUGUCCAAUAGGAUAUGAAUUAAAACAAGAAAAACUGCCAGGAGACUGCUGCAUGAAUGCCACUUGUGAGUUAUUGCCCGGAUGUGUUGUCCGUGACGUAUUCUAUCAACCUGGAGCAGUUGUCCCAAGGGGUCCCUGUGAACUAUGCAAAUGCUCUCUUGAACAAGAUGUGCUUGGCAACUUAUACACAGUAGAAUGUGUCUCAAAAGCAUGCAACACAAAUUGUCCAGAAGGCUAUGCUUACAAGGAAAAAGCUGGAGAAUGCUGUGGUGAAUGCACCCCAACAGCUUGUAUACUGAAAGACGGAUCCACCAACGCCAUUAUCCAGCAUGGAGAGAAGUAUUACCGUCCUGGAAACAACUGUACCUUUUAUGAGUGUGAAGUCAUUGAUGGCAAGUUUGUUCUUGUCACUGUCAAGAAAACGUGUCCUGCCUUAAUUCCUGGCUGCCCACCUGAGUAUUUGAAAUUGACUGGCGAUGGCUGCUGCAAAGAAUGUGUUCCUCAGGAACAACGAAUCUGCAAACCACACAACACUUCAAAAGUAAUUAGACACAACGGCUGUGAAGCUUCUUCACCUAUUCAGUUAACAUACUGCGAAGGCAACUGUGGUACUUCUUCAAAAUAUUCCCCAGAGACUAACGUAAUGGAGCAUACAUGCAAAUGCUGUCAAGAAGUCAAGACCAGCAAGCAGCAGGUAGCCCUGACAUGCCCCGAUGGCUCCAUUGUGGACUAUUCCUACAUCCAAGUGGAGGAGUGCGAUUGUCUGAGCAGCCAGUGUGCGCCCCAGCCCGUCCCCACAGAAUCACAGCAGCAACAACAGGAAGAGCAGCAGCAGCAAGAGCAGCAGCAAGGACAGAUCCAGAAAUAA